AACCAAAAACCACCUAUGCUUGGAGAGCCUAUUUAUAUACUCUUUAACGAAAGAAAACUCAUCUCAGUGAUAAGUGUGAAAAGUGUGAAAAAUGGAGUUGACGUGUGCUCUGCUCCUGCGCACAGCACGUUUGUUGCUACACAGUACCGAUUUCUGCACAUGGAAGGGCUCGAAAAGGAGAAACAGAGCUGACCACGUAAGCGCAUCGACCAAAUUUAGUAUGGCGAUGAGACUGGAAUGGAGGGCGUGUAGCACAAAUAAAGCGGCCCUGACCAAGCGCUUCCAAAAUGGAAGAGAAAAGCACUUGAAAUAAUCGAAAAAUCAUUGAAAUGAAAGAAGUGAAAUGGAGUAGAGAUAAAGAUAAUAGAAUUAGUAAACUAUAAAAGUACGCUAAG